AACUGUUGGACCAAGAGGCAUGGGGUGCUACGUUAGUUUUGAUCCACCAACAAACUACAGACCAACAGGCUGUCUCUAAUUUAGAAACAUAUCUAAACAGUAGAGUGAGCAAUUGACCUUGAUGGCGGAAUCCGUCAGGACUGAAUCCUAGUUGGACUACUUUUUUGCAUCUGGUGGCUAACGAUCUGUGUGCUGAUGAUGAGCCUCAUGAGAUGUAACAUUCACAAAGUGUUCGAGGGGACAGCAAGGAGAACUAUUUCUCUGGACUAAGUGAAUAGCUCCCUCUUGGAAAAGUGUGAAACAUGCCCUUGCCAUUUGGCUUAAAACUCAAAAGGACUCGAAGGUAUACUGUUUCAAGCAAGAGCUGUCUUGUCACUCGGAUUCAGCUGCUCAAUGGGGAGUUUGUUGAGUUUACACUUUCAGUGGAGAGCACCGGGCAGGAAUGUUUGGAAGCAGUUGCUCAGAGACUUGAGUUAAGAGAGAUAACAUUCUUCAGCUUGUGGUACUUCAACAAGCAGAACCAGCAGAGAUGGAUCGACUUGGAAAAGCCGCUGAAAAAGCAGCUGGACAAGUAUGGGCUCGAGCCCACCGUUUACUUUGGAGUCGUGUUUUACAUACCCAGUGUCAACCAACUGCAACAGGAGAUCACAAGAUAUCAGUAUUACCUACAGAUGAAGAAGGAUUUUACGGAGGGCAGGAUCUCUUGCUUACCAGAACAAGCUAUUCGUUUAGCUAGCCUGGCAGUGCAAGCUGACUUUGGAGACUUCAAUCGAUAUGAUUCCCAGGACUUCCUCCAGAAGCUUGCGUUGUUCCCUAUUGACUGGAUCCAGGAUGAGCGUGUGCUUGAAGAGGCCACUCAGAAAGUGGCUCUUCUGUAUCAGUCCUACAGGGGUUUAUCAGCUCCAGAGGCAGAGAUGUUGUACAUGCAGGAGGUGGAGAAAAUGGAAGGCUAUGGUCAGGAGAGCUAUCAAGCCAAGGACAGCACAGGCACAGACGUUUCCAUGGGGUCGUGCCUCGAUGGCAUCUUUGUCAAGCAUAAAAAUGGCAGGCCGCUUCUUUUAUUUAGGUGGAAUGAAAUUAACAACAUGAGUCAUAACAGGUCCUUCUUUGUCCUGGAGCUCACCAACAGAGAGGAGAGUGUCCAGUUCCAGACAGAAGACAUGGAAACCUCCAAAUACGUGUGCCGGAUGUGUCUGGCCAGACUCAAGUUUUAUAAGAUAAACAAGAGUAGCCUCCAAACCCAGCCUGUCGUUGUGAACCCAGUCAGACGGAGGUCCUCUACUAGAAUUACUCUGCCAAAGCCUCAGGCCUACAUGAUGCCCCCUCCUCAAAUGCACUACAAUGGUCAUUUCACAGAGCCUUACACAUCAUCACAAGACAACCUGUACAUGAACAAUCAGAACGGUUAUUACUACCACUCGCAGACCAGCCUGGACUGCUCCCCUCUGGAAUACAGCAGCGGGGGGCGGUUACGUAACGGCAGUGUGUACAGCGCCCACAGCACCAGCUCUCUCACUAAUCCCCAGCACUACCUCCAGCCCUCACCCAUGUCCUCCAACCCCUCCAUCACCAGCGACAUCACCAGGCCCGACUAUGUCCCCUCGCAUCGCCACAGCGCGCUCAUCCCCCCGUCCUACCGCGCCACCCCGGAUUACGAGACAGUGAUGCGUCAGAAGAACCGCGGAGCAGGAUUUGGGAUGCUUUCGUCUCAAGACCACCGACAGAGCCACUCCAUGAGGAACCUGAACAUUGGUAACUCGUACGCCUACAGCAGACCGGACCCUCUAGUUUACAGCCAGCCAGAGAUCAGAGGAGAGCACGGCGGAGCAGCCCCCCACCAUCACUAUCCUUUCCACCUGGGCUCCAGCUUCCACAGCCCCUCUCCUUACCCCUAUCCCACAGAGAGAAGGCCCGUAGUGGGGGCGGUCAGUGUCCCGGAGCUCACUAAUGUCCAGCUGCAACAGGCACAGGAGUACCCCGCCCCUAACAUCAUGAGAACACAUGUGUACCGACCACCUCCCCCCUACCCGUACGCCCACCCACGGCCCGCUAACAGCACCCCUGACCUGUCGCGUCACCUCUAUGUCAGCAGCAGCAACCCAGACCUGAUCAUCACCAGGCGUGUGCACCACUCGGUCCAGACCUUCCAGGAGGACAGCCUACCGGUAGCCCACUCCUUACAAGAGGUGUCGGAGCCUCUUUUCAGCGGACCCCCACAGAGACACCCUUACCACGCUCAGAAGCGGAACUCCAUUGAGAUCGCUGGAUUAGCACACAGUCUGGAGGGGAUGAGGGUGAAGGAGCGCACCGUGUCUUCCUCGGCCGCCGAAACCGUCACGCCCCCUCCCCCCCUGCGAGGCGGUCGCUCUCAAGGCUCUCAUCUCAACGUGUAUUUGGAACGCAUAAAGACGGACGACGGGGGCGACAUUAAGGAGGACGUACAGUACGGACACAAGAAGUCCCUUUCCGACGCCACCAUGCUGGUUCACAGCAGUGGGGAAGAGGAGGAGUUUGAGGAGGACAGUGGACGCCACACUCCUCUUUCCCAGGAUGCACUAGAAGCUGUUCCCGUGCAGCCGCCCCAACAGCACAGCAGUUUGACAUCUCUGUCGCUCCUUCAGCAACAAACUCCCUCAGAGCCGCCUCCUGCGUAUCCCAUCGGCUCCUCUCUGGACCCCUCUAUAACCAGCUCCUUGACUUACAACGUUCACCCCCAGAGCCAGGAGGGCGAGCCUCUCUACCUGCUGUCAGAUUUACGACAGCCCAGAAUAAUGCCCUCUGUGUCUGAGGGAGACCUGAGUGGCCAGGCUAAGCAGAAGACUAAAAAAGACUUCAAGAAGAGGCCUGUGUCUGAUGUGCCUGCCGGGAAGAAAACAGUGGAAGGGUUGCCCCCUCCGGGCAUGAAGAAAGGAGCCAGGUCAGAGUUCAAGAAGAGGGGCCCGAUGAAAGAGGCUUAUCUAAACGGCCUGUCGGUGUCGAGGCAGCCGAUGCACGAAGAGGUGAAGGAUGAGCCUGAGAGAGCAUCCAAUGAAGAGAGGUGUCAGGUUCUGGAGCAGCAUAUGGAGAGGGGAGAGAUGCUGAAGGAGUACGACAGCAUCCCGAAGCGCCGCCCAGGGGGGGGGUGCUCCAUCGCCCAGCUGCCGGAGAGCGGAGACAAGAACCGCUUCCAGGACGUCAUGCCGUACGAUGACACCCGAGUGGAACUGGUUCCCACUAAAGAGAACAACACGGGAUACAUCAACGCAUCACAUGUUAGAAUAACGGUGAAUGGGCAGGAGUGGAGCUACAUAGCGACGCAGGGUCCGAUGUCCAACACGUGUCCGGACUUCUGGCAGAUGGUGUGGGAACAGGGUGUCUCCAUCAUCGCCAUGGUCACCGCUGAAGAGGAGAGCGGCCGAGAAAAGAGUUUCCGUUACUGGCCGCGCCUCGGCUCUCGUCACAACACGGUGACGUACGGCCGCUUCAAGAUCACAACGCGCUUCCGCACAGAGUCCGGCUGCUACGCCACCACCGGGCUGAAGAUCAAACACCUGCUGACGGGCCAGGAGAGGACCGUCUGGCACCUGCAGUACACGGACUGGCCCGACCACGGCUGCCCCGAGGACUUCAAAGGCUUCCUCACGCACCUGGAGGAGAUCCAGCGUGAGGAGACACACCAACAGCACAGUGCCAAAGAACACCAACCUGCCGGUGCAGGCACUCGCGCGGGAGGUGGGCCGACACCGGGGUGGUCAAUCCUGUCCGAAGUCAUGAUCGCCUGUCUGGCAAACGAGGCGCUGGAUGUCCCAAAGUUCCUUUUGAAGCUUCGUCAGCAGAGGAUGAUGAUGGUCCAGACCUUCUCUCAGUACACCUUCAUCUACAAGGUCAUCAUCCAGUACCUCCGCAACUCCAGGCUCAUAUGAGUGUGUGUUCAACCCUCAGUACACACCACCACCAUCACAGGUUAUUGAAGGGUGGAGUCUGCCCCAGGUUUAUGCCAAACUGCACUGUGAUGAUGAUGAUGAUGAUGAAGCAGCCGUAUGAAACUGCUCACUGUAGCGCUCUGAGGACUCUGAUUGGUCAAGUAUUAAAGUCAGGCGUCUGAAGGAAGGAUGUGUGGAUACACAAACAUGAAGGAGCAUAAAGACUUACGACCUGCCUCUAAACAGUAUUAUAUAUAUUAUUUUUUACAUACAAUAUUGCUUAAUAAAGCCCAGCACUUUUACAGUACUUAGCUGUACACGAUGAACCAAUGUUAAGCUGCAUUAUGAAACUCUUUAGGAUAGAUGGGUUUCAUUGGUUCUGAUAAUGAAGGAUGUUUCUGUAGUCAUGAAGUGGAUAAAGAAUCAUGUGACUCAUAUAAAGGUUUAUUACAGAGCCCAGAUCAGGUGGAUGUGAACUUCAUCAUUGGCCUGUGGUGGCGCAAAGGUUUUCUACCUGCAUUUAAUUUAAUAGGAACAUAGAAUGACAUGAUACAGAAGAUACCUACCGUUCAGUCGGAUUCGGUAAAAAAUGUUUACCCACCAAACGUUAUCAAAACACAACAGGAACCAUCUCCUAUCCUCUAAGAUGGAGGAUUGAUGGGUUUGAGAAGCAGGUGUGAGGCAAAAGUCAAACUUGGAUAAAUCAUUUUGUACUGUUCAAUAUUUUUUUACAAUGAGAAAUCCGAGUGCUGUAUUUUAGCAAGAUACUUUAAGAUGUUAUUACGAGACAAAGUGCCUACAUAUCUGCGUCAUAAGGAAAUGGAUUAGUUUUCUUACUCAGUGUAAUUUAAUGCUUGUUUGAUUGCAGUGAUGUUUUUGUACCGCCAAUCAAUACAUUUUAGGGACAGAAAUGGCAAACUAUGAUCAUAAUAAUUAUUUAAUUUGGUUCAACCCUUCAGGAGUGACAGUUUUGCGAUUGUUAAAUACAUAGAAAUGGAGCAGUGGGGCCAUUUGACAGUAUUGAGAAACAACAGUGCUCAGUGACACUUUGACAUCCUGACUGUCUUUAUUUUUAUUAUUCCUGCUGUUACAAAUAGCAUCCUGACUUUUAGUGAACACUUCCCUUUCCUGCUCGAGCUACAGAGCGUAUUUAAAGCCAAUUAUGAAUUCACCUGUCCAGGAACAAUGCGUACACGCGAAGUUUACAUAAAGUCAAACUACUUUUUAGCAAUUAGAAAUAUGUUUGCCUUUAUUAUCAAUGCAAGACACCAAUUUAAUUUAUAAUGUGGCCAAAGUGAUUUUUAACCCCUUAUUUGUCUUGCCUUGUUGUUGGUGUCAGACGCGUGGGCAGUGAUCUAACUUAACUGGAGGAAACUCAUCUGAACUGAAGUUGAGAUGAGUUCAACUGGAUCUUUUUAAACGCCCGUAUGAAUUUGUUUCAGGUUUUUGGUUUGAAGAUACUGAAUGAGUCUUAGUGUGGAGACUGAAGAGUGAUUGAACUGUUGUCCAUGUACAGGUCUGUUGUUCAUAAUGUACAAUUUUGCUUUUAUGAAUAUUGGUUAUUGUACAAACUGUAUAAACUAUCUAUUGAACAAGAAAUGGUAUGCCAUUGGAAAAAAGUGUAGAAAAUCUUUUCAGCCAAGAAUAAAUAUUUGGAAAUA